UCAGCCCGGAGAGCACCCGGCGCGGCGGCCGCCGACGCAGCUGCGGUCCCCGCUCGCCGAGCCCCAAGACGCGCGGGUUCCCGGGCCGCCCGGGCGGGCGCUGCGUGUGGGCGCGCGAGGCAGCGCAGGGAGGGCUGCACGCGCCCCCGGCCGCCCCCCGCCCGCGCGCGGACCGGCCCAGCGCAGCACCGGCGCGGGGAGCGCCGGCCGGGCGAGGGCGCGGGCGAUGCCGCGGUGACGGCCCCGCCAUGGCUAAACCCCCGGCGGCGACGGCGGCGUCGGAGGAGCUGAGCCAGGUGCCGGACGAGGAGCUGCUGCGCUGGAGCAAGGAGGAGCUGGCGCGGCGGCUGCGGCGCGCCGAGGGCGAGAAGGUGGGCCUCAUGCUGGAGCACGGCGGCCUGAUGCGCGACGUGAACCGGCGGCUGCAGCAGCACCUGCUGGAGAUCCGCGGCCUCAAGGACGUGAACCAGCGCCUGCAGGACGACAACCAGGAGCUGCGGGAGCUCUGCUGCUUCCUCGACGACGACCGGCAGAAGGGGCGCAAGCUCGCGCGCGAGUGGCAGCGCUUCGGGCGCCACGCGGCCGGCGCCGUGUGGCACGAGGUGGCCCGCUCGCAGCAGAAGCUGCGCGAACUCGAGGCGCGCCAGGAGGCCCUGCUGCGCGAGAACCUAGAGCUCAAGGAGCUGGUGCUGCUGCUGGACGAGGAGCGCGCGGCGCUGGCGGGGGGCGCGGGCGGCGCGGGGGGCGGCGGUGGCGCGGGCUCCCGCAGCUCCAUCGACAGCCAGGCCAGCCUGAGCGGGCCGCUGGCGGGCGGCGCGGCGGGCGCGGGGACCCGCGACGUGGGCGACGGCAGCAGCACGUCGAGCGCGGGCAGCGGCGGCAGCCCGGACCACCACCACCACGUCCCGCCCCCGCUGCUGCCCCCCGGGCCGCACAAGGCCCCCGACGGCAAGGCUGUAGCCACGCGCAGGUCCCUGGACGACCUGUCGGCACCGCCGCACCACCGAAGCAUCCCCAACGGCCUGCACGAUCCCUCGUCCACCUACAUCAGGCAGCUGGAGACCAAGGUGAAGCUGCUGGAGGGUGACAAGAUCCUUGCACAGGCAGGCCCUGGAGAGUUCCGGACGCUUCGGAAAGGCUUCUCCCCGUACCACUCAGAGUCCCAGCUCGCGUCCCUGCCGCCCUCCUACCAGGAUUCCCUGCAGAACGGCCCAGCCUGCCUAGUCCCCCAGCUGUCCUCGCCCUCUGCCGGCUACAGCUCUGCAGGACAGAAGCCUGAGGCGGUCGUGCACGCCAUGAAGGUCCUGGAAGUGCACGAGAACCUGGACCGGCAGCUCCAGGACAACUGUGAGGAGGACCUGAGCGAGAAGGAGAAGGCCAUCGUCCGCGAGAUGUGCAACGUGGUCUGGAGAAAACUGGGAGAUGCUGCCAGCUCUAAGCCCUCCAUCCGGCAACACCUGUCUGGGAACCAGUUCAAGGGGCCUUUGUAGGGCUGUUCCUCCAUGGAUGUGGACUGGCCCUGCCUGGGGGUCCCCAGGGGGAGCGUCAGGCCCCAGACAUGGGCAGGCCCUCACGCCGAGCCACUGUCUUCUUUUUCUGUGGUGAAUUGUACAUAGGACGCUGCCCACUGUGGCCCGGCUGCCGUGGGUCCGACAUGCUGACGGCCCGGUUUCCAUCUCCCGCCUCUCACACACCAGCAAACUGGGAAGACGGGACGCUGCUGACUGUCCCCUGCGGCAGAGCAGCCUGGACAGCCUUGUUCCCGCUCUGGGCUCCACUGGUGAGAGACUGAAGGCUGCCUUACCCUGAGAUGCCAGGGCCAGGAGUCAUCCCAGGCUGUGCCCAGCUUUGAUGGAGGGGCACCUCGUCAAGCCCUCCACGCCCCUGGCUGCCACCUGCACUGGACAGAGGCCACUGGCAGCUGGACCUGAUGCAGGGGCCCCCACUUCUCGCCCACCCGCUGUGGCUGAACGCUGGCUCACCGAGCACUGGGUCCCCUGGAAUAUGGACAAGGAAACUCACCGUGUCCAGGGCUGGCUGGCGGCUCUGAGGCCCUUCCUCUGGACCCCGUGCCCAGGCCCCCUGCGGCCAGCUGCUGCUUGUUUUGAGAGUUGAUGCCCCCACCCCCAAACACACACUCUCUCUGCAGUGUCCCCUCGCCCUGUGCCAGGUGGUGUCCUAUCUUGGGUUCCUCCUGCCCAGUGCCUGAGGCAUCUCCAUUUCUGUGGUUCACAUGACAGGCCAGGCCUGGGUGCAGGUCCUAAGUCACUCAGCCUCUCUAGGCCCCUGGUGGAAAAACGAGGUCUCAGAGGUUCUUUCAGCCGUGCUCACCGUUCGAUGCCCAUCAGCUUUAG